CAAUCUGUCAACCAGCACAAGGCAAAGAAAUAAAGCCUCAACUUGCAAAAUGGAAAACAAAGCUGCUUUUAACAAACCAAAGGUUGAACUUCACGUGCACUUGGAUGGAAGCUUUAAGCCUGAAACUAUUGUAUAUUUUGCAAAGAAGAGACAAAUUAAGCUUCAAGCAGACACUGCUGACAGCCUGUUGAAGCUUGUGUCAUACAAGGAACCUUUAAGCCUUACAGAGUUUCUCACUAAAUUUAACUAUUACAUGCCUGCCAUAGCUGGUGACCGAGAGGCCAUAAAAAGAAUUGCAUAUGAAUUUGUUGAAAUGAAAGCCAAAGAAGGGGUGAUUUAUGUUGAGGUCAGGUACAGCCCUCACUUUUUAGCCAACUCAAAAGUGGAUCCUAUACCAUGGGGACAGAAAGAGGGUGACCUCACACCAGAUGAAGUAGUUGACCUUGUUAAUCAGGGAUUGCGGGAAGGCGAAAGAGAUUUCAACAUUAAAGCCAGGUCUAUUCUAUGCUGCAUGCGGCACAUGCCAAAUUGGUCAGAGGAAGUUGUGGAGCUUUGUAAAAAGUACAAAAAUGACACAGUUGUUGCCAUUGACCUGGCUGGAGACGAGUCUCUAAACUGCAUAGCAGAUUCAGGACACAAGAAAGCUUAUGAGGAAGCUGUAAGGUGUGGAAUACACAGGACCGUUCACGCUGGAGAAGUAGGACCUGCUAGUGUAGUCAAAGAGGCAGUUGAAGUACUAAAAGCUGAAAGGAUUGGACAUGGAUACCACACUAUUGAUGAUCCCGUCUUAUACCAAGAGCUCUUGAAAAAGAAGAUGCAUUUUGAGACAUGUCCUUGGUCCAGCUACCUCACCGGCGCCUGCAAUCCAGAUUUUACUAAACACCCAUUGACGCAAUUUAGGAAAGAUAAAGCGAAUUACUCUUUGAGCACAGAUGACCCCCUUAUAUUUGGAUCUACCCUGGACCUUGAUUAUUCUAUUGCAAAGAAAUAUAUGGAUUUUACAGAGGAAGAAUUUCAGCGAGUGAAUAUUAAUGCAGCACAAUCAAGUUUUUUGCCCGAAAACGAAAAGAAAGAACUUCUGGAAAAGCUGUACCAAGCCUAUGGAAUGAUGCUUUCAACUGGAUUUUGAGUUAUCCUUCUGAGAUGUGCCAAUAGUAUCUUUUGCAUACAAUUCAGUAUAAAAUUUCAGAAAGUACAAAAAAAGUUGAAGCUAAGUCAUAUCAUAGGCAUGAAUUACCUCUCAGUGUUAUAUAGGACCAUGAGGGAAAAUUACAGUUUAGUCUUGGUCUUCAAAGGGAUCUGCUGCAGACAUUAAGCUUUUUUUCUGGUUUUCAUUAUUCAACUUUUGAUGUUUACUUUGUAAUUAAGGAAUUUUGUUAUUUUAGUUUAGUGUAAAUUCUGUUCUAUCGCAGACCUUAUGAGCCACCUGCAUUCCCAGAUUAUCAGUAUAUAAUUAGCUGAUUAGCUGGUUCAAUUAUAUUAACAUAGGCACUGGCAUGAGCUGGAAUAUACUCAGAUCCUGGCAUGGUGGUGUACUUUCGAAACAGUCUUUGGGAACGGCAGGUUAUGUUUACAGAUUGACAAUUUAAACAGCUUUGAGUUUGAAAAACAGUUUACCAAUAUUCAUUAACAUAUUUGAAAUUGUAUUUAUUAAAUUAGAGAAACCAUAUAUGUAACAAAAUAUGAAAAAGAUGAAAAUGACACAAAGAAUUAUUUUGUAUGCAUGAUUUUUUUAUCAAACAUGUAUUUUUAUAUUUAAUUUAAGAUGAAUGCUCUUUUAUUUUAAUGAUUGUGCCAAACUGAAGUAUGACAUUUGGUUAACAUGCUAGUUUAAAAGAUGGAUCAGAGUUAGAAUUGAAAGAAAGUGCAUAAAUAUUCCUUUUUUUUUAAAUUUAGGCACCACAUGGAAUCUUAUUUUAAGCAUAUUGUUUUGGCAUAUAAGACCCUCCUCUGAUGAAUUCUCAUUAAACUAUCCUUAGGUUAUCUAUAAAAUGAGAUGUGUCUAAAAUUUCAGUGCUUCUUAUAUGCUAAAAAUUACAAUGAAUCCAUAAAAACAAAUAUAAAACUGAUGGGUUUUUUCAUCUUGUCAUUUAGUCUAGGCUCCUGCAGAGUUGUCCAACAGUCCCAUAAAUGUGAAUAAUUACUGGAAUAUGCUCAGAUGUUUAUUUAAAGGGACAAUAAACAGUAGAGUAAAAUAAUAAUACCGAGUGUAGCAAUUACCUUUCUGUUGCUCUCUGUGUAGGUAUUCUACUGCAAAGUUACCAAAUGUUCUUAGGAAAUGGGGCUGACAAGCGGAUCCUGCAAUCUACCUCCGAAGCUUCGAUCUCGCAGUAAACUUAAGUUAAGAAGCAGCAGCCGUAAGACCGCUGCUCCUUAACUCAUCCCCACCUCUGAGGUGGUGGACAGCAAUCAAACACGAUCAGAUACAAUCGGGAUGACUGACACCCCCUGCUUGCAGCCACAGUGAAUCAAGUCCACCCACCACUUGAUAAUUUGUCCCCCUGUUGUAUAUGCACAGAGGGAAUAGUAUCGCAAACAAUAUUAUUGGCUCUGCAUACUCCCUGGGUCGCAAUCCCAAAUCUAGAGCAUUUGUACAGAGAUACCAGUAUGGGCGCUCUCAAUACAUAAGAGAAAAAAAAUAAGAAAAAUACCAUGUUGAAGUGUAGUGCUGCAUUUACACAGCCAUCAACUGCAAGGAAUAAUUAUAAUUAUUUUACUCUUCUGUUUUUAAGCCCCUUUAAUAUGUAAAUCUAUACAUUAGAUAGUCACUAAUAUUUGUUUUAUAAUACAGCUAGAAAGUAUAAAUUAAACUAAAUUGGUCACUGACAUCACAGAAAAUGAAAUCCUUACAUCCAUGAUAAAAUAGAGUUAUAAUACACAGUUCUUUGGUUUUAGUUAUCAGAUGUUAAUUAUGAUGUGUGUACUGCAUGUUUGAAAUUAAAAUCAUCUCUCUAUGAUCACCUUGGAUUUUGUAACAUAUUUACCAGUGGCUAAAGAAAGAACAAAAAUAUUGUAAGACAUUAAAUUCACACAUCAAAAAAUUUUAGAUUUAUUUAAGAAACCCGUGCAAAAUCUUUUUGUUCAUACAAAUUAAGUCAGUGAUACUAUUCUAUGUAAAACAACUUCAAAUAGUGUUGUUAUUUUUAAAUAUACACCUUUGUUAUUGUAAAAUAUCAAGUUUAUUGUACAUCAUAAAAAGAGAAGCGGGUGAUUAAAUUGAAAAAUUACUUUUUAUUAAAAUCAAAGCUUAACCGUU